AUGAUUUUAAUUAUUGAAGGGUAACCUUUAAUGAAAAAAUAUAAGAUCUCAAACUCGAAUAGACAACCAACUCGAAGUAUUGGAGUUUCAAGGAUUUCAACAAUCCCUGAAAUAAGAGAUGAAUAACCUAUAAAGAAAGAAUUAAAACAUAAUGUAAUUAGUUUAAAGGAAUUGGUUCGUAAGAAUGUUGAACGUAAAAUGUUAAAUACACCAGAACCUCAUCUAAAAAGGAAGAUAAUAAUACCAGAAGUCUCAUAAUAAGAAUAUAAGUCAUAAACAACUCCAUCAAUCUGUAAAUAGAGAGUGAUUCAUUUAUAUGCAAAACGAAAACUCUAUCUAAAAUCAUUCAACAUUUCACUUUCUUCACUCAAAUUAAGUUGA